GGCCCAUUGUGUAAGUAAUGUAUAUAAAGCAGACAUUCUGGGAGAACUUCCAUUCCUUCUCACCACUGUGAGCUGAAUAAAGAGCAUGAAAUCCGCUCUCGACUCCGAGUAUAUUUCACAUUGAAUCGUGUUUUUGUCUUGGGAGUACUGGAGCAAGUUCCGUUAUUUGACAAGGGGCAGGACUAUUGCUUCAGAGGCUUACGAGGUCGGCAACAAGCGCAGACCUUUCCUCGCUUCCAUGGCCAGACAAGCCUGCGAGCUGAGGGAAGCCCUGAGGAAAGUCCUCUUGCUGUGCUUGUCUAGCCAGAAGCGAGAUAAUCUGGCUCUCAACGGGCUGUCUUCCGACAGACACAUCUCUGCCUGUCACCACAAGCAAGCGACUGUCGCCUGAGGGUGGGAAUUCGCGUUUAUUUCACGCCAGGAACAAGCGGCUGCCGUCGCUUCCAAUAUCGGAGGCGACCAGACAUCGCUGCCGCCAUCUUGGACGGAAACCGGAAGCUCGUCCUCGAGCUGUCACGUCUGCUCUCCUUCAACAUCCGCGUCUCGGUGGUGCCCCUCACAGCGCAGGGAAAUCGAACGCACCACAGCGCCCCUUCGCGAUUGGGAGGCGAUAAAGCCCCUACUCUCGCGAGUGUCAAACAAACGGUCUCCGUGCAUUUUAACCGUAACACCAAGGGGCGGGGAGGACAGCAGAGAAAGGAGCCGCUAUUGGCUACGGCGAGAGCCAAUAUCGUGGCUCCGUCCCCCGCCGCCGACUGUUGAACGCGCGCCGGCUCAUUUUUUCCCCCACAGACGGGAAGUCUUGGCCGAAGCAGAACGGCCCCGCCCCCGACAAAAGGCACCAAUCGCUGCUCAGAACGUCCGCCGACGGUGGCUUGUGAUUGGGCGGCUUUAUUGUGACACGUUAAAAACCUUUAUCCGCCUUGGCGGCGUCUGUCGCCAGAUGCGCGACCGAGUUGUGACAGUCGCGCGACGCGGUAAAAACUGGAUUGUUAGCGGGGAGGGGGAGGGGCUGGGCCCUGUCGUAGUCUGGACUGAAGGUAGGCAGUGGUAGGAAGAGAUACAGGGAACGGGAGAAACCCCGCUCCCCUUUUUCAUUUUAUUCUUGUUGUAAAGCGCCUAGUCCUCAAGAACGUUUCGUUAUUCGGUUUAUAUCGCGCCCAUUCCUUCCAGCAGUCAGCUUUGAGCAGAUAUUUAUAUCAUGCUUAUUCCACACGUGUGUGUGUGAUAUCUAGAUAUAGAUAUCUAGAUACAGAUAGAAAGGUAUAUCUUAAUAACUAGUAAUAAUAAUAAUAUUAAUUUUUAUUUAUACCCCGCCCUCCCCAGCCAAGGCUGGUCUCAGAGCGGCUUACAAGCAGUAAUAAAAACAAGUUGAAUGAUUACAACUUAAAACAAAAUUAAAAUACAACAUUAAAAUAAUGAAACAUUAAAAUGUAGCCUCAUCGCAGGAGGAGAAGGAAAAGGAAAAAAAAGAGAGGGAGGGAGGGAAUCAAAUUGGCUCCAAGCCAAAGGCCAGGCGGAACAACUCUGUCUUGCAGGCCCUGCGGAAAGAAAUCAGAUCCUGCAGGGCCCUGGUCUCAUGAGGCAGAGCGUUCCACCAGGCUGGAGCCAGAGUUGAAAAGGCCCUGGCUCUGGUUGAAGCCAAUCUAACUUCCUUAGGGCCCGGGACUACUAGGGUGUUGCUAUUUACGGACCUUGAGGCUCUCCGUGGGGCAUACCGGGAGAGGCGGUCCCGUAGGUACGAGGGUCCUAGGCCGUGAAGGGCUUUAAAGGUCAAAAGCAGCACCUUAAAUCUGACCCUGUACUCCACCGGGAGCCAGUGCAGCUUGAGAAGCACUGGGUGAAUAUGCUCCCAUGGCAGAGACCCCGUGAGGAGCCUCGCUGCAGCAUUCUGCACCCGCUGGAGUUUCUGGGACAGCUUCAAGGGCAGCCCCGUGUAGAGCAAUUACAGUAGUCAAGCCUGGAGGUGAUCGUCGCAUGGAUCACUGUGGCCAGGUCAGGGCAGGAAAGGUAAGGGACCAACUGCUUGAUGCGGUGAAGGUGGAAAAAUGUCGCCUUGGCUGUUGCUGUAACCUGCGCCUCCAUGGACAGGGAGGCGUCAAGGAUUACACCCAAACUCUUAACGGAAGGCAAUGGCACUAAUUGGGCCCCCGCAAGAGAAGGGAGUUGUUGUUCCUAACAAGUAGAGGAAGAAAACUGAACACAUAAAACACAGUAUAUUACAUUAAGUGCAGCGUUAAAUAUUGUAUUUAAAAGCAAUGUCAAAUACAGAAACAGUGGGAAAUAUAAAAUCAUUGUAUUAGAAUGGGUUUUAAAAAAACAAAAAAACCACCAUAAAGUGUUCAUAGUUUUUUGCUACACAGAAACUAGCUACCUUGGCAGGAAUCUCAGGGGAGAGACCCUGCUCCCCUACUUUCAUUUUAUUCUUAUUGUAAAGCAUCUAAUCCUCCAUAAUAUUUUGUUAUCCAGUUUAUAUCGCUCCCAUUCAGUCAGCUUUGAGCAGAUACAGUAUGUAUAUUAUGCUUAUUCCACAUGAGAGAGCAUAUUUAUUUAUUUACUGUACACACGCACACAUAUUCAUUUCUUUUCCAAUAAAUACUAGGCUGGGUGGCUAGAAAAGUUUCACCCUCUUGUUUAAAAGCUUAAUCCUUCUGUUCUUCUUGAGGCAUAGGUACAGAGACCUACUUCUAUAAUUCCCUGUAUAUGGGCCAUGUCCUGGGACUAGCAAUCUUUCAUAGGCAACCCACUGAGCAUUGCUUGCAUGGAGAAACAUGUUAGAUCUUCAUGGAUCCUCACGAUUUCUCAGUAGAGCUUCCCAAAGCCACUGUCAUUUUCCAAAUCACCUGUUAUUUUUAUGGUGCACUCAAGGCAUGGGCGGUGGUUUGAUGGUCUGUGUGCAGAAAUAAUAGGUUUGAAGCAGAUGAGUUGACUGCUGGAUCCUUUUUUGUCUUGCCCCCUUCCAUCAAACCUCAGCUAUCAUAUAAACCAGUGACAGCAUAUAAACGAGUGACUGCAUAUAAACCAGUGAUGUACAGCUUUCAAAAUUCACACUAAGCAGAUGUCCAUUGUAAGCAUGCCAUAAGCAGAGAAAAGAACAUUGGCAAAUGACUUCUGUAUGAAAACCAGGAGAGCAAUCUAUGCUGUCCAUAUUUAUUAAGAGGUAAAUCCCUCCCCACUCUAUAUGUUUAGGUAAGUGAUCUCAAGACUAGCCUGUGGGCACAAUCUUGUGUACACACUUACUUGGAAGUAUAUCUCACUGAGAUCUGUAGGAUUUCCUUAAGAGUUAAUACGUGUAGGAUCAAAUUGUUAGCUUUCUAUUAAACAAUAGUACUUCCAGUGUUCCAUUACACUACCAUCACCACAAAAUAAUGUUUUCCUUUGCUUUCUUCCUUUCAAAUAUAAACAUGCAUUGAGAAACAAGUGUGCUAAAAAAGAGGGAAUCAUUUCAAACACAUCGUAGUUUUAUUUUUCCGCAUUUCUUUUUCAUAGGUUGCCAUGGGUGAUUUUGAAAAGGGUAAAAAGAUCUUUGUUCAAAAAUGUUCUCAGUGUCAUACAGCUGACAAAGGUGGAAAGCACAAGACCGGCCCAAAUCUUUGGGGUCUCUUUGGCCGAAAAACAGGACAAGCUGCAGGAUUUUCUUAUUCAGACGCAAACAAGAAUAAAGGUAAAAAAAAAGGGGGGGCGGAUAAUCAGUUGCGUCAUGACAGUAUUGCUGAAUAAACACGACCCAAAGUUAGAGAAGGGAAGAACUUCACUGGGAGAUUACUUUGCAACUCUUGGAAAUACAUUCUGAAAAUAUUCUUCUGAUUUUAUAUAAAGAAUAUGAACUUGAACCUCUGGUUUGGAUUUAACAACUUGUGCACUGCAAGUUUUAUGGUCCAGUCAUUGCAUGGACUUGCAUGGGAUCAAUCUCACAGAGCCCCUAAUGCGCCAGAACCACAGCACCAGAGCAUGAGCUGCAUUACUGUCCCUUGUUUGGUACCAGUGGGGAUGGAGGCAGGACUAAUGAUGGCCCUGGCUCUAUGCAGCAUCCUGAUUUGGAUGCUGAUUUGAGAUGGCCAGGAGCCAGAUUGGCACUGCAGGCGUUUCUUUGUUUUUAGUAGGUUUGCAGAGACUUCCUGGUGGCAAAUGCUAUUUGCUGUGUUAAUGAUAUACUCCAGAAUAGGCCCAUUGUUUUCAGUGGGUUGGCUCUUGGAAUAACUUAGCUGCAUACAAUCCAUAAUGUUAUUUAUUACAUUUAUAUGCUCCCUUUCCUCCAAGCAGUUCAUGCUGGUGUGCAUGGUUCACUCUCCCCUAUUUAUCCACAGAACGUCCCAGUGUGGUGUAGUGGUUAAGAGCGGUGGACUCCUAAUCUGGGGAACCGGGUUUGAUUCCCCGCUCCUCCACAUGCAGCUGCUGGGUGACCUUGGGCUAGUCACACUUCUCUGAAGUCUCUCAGCCCCACUCACCUCACUGAGUGUUUGUUGUGGGGGAGGAAGGGAAAGGAGAAUGUUAGCCGCUUUGAGACUCCUUCGGGUAGUGAUAAAGUGGGAUAUCAAAUCCAAACUCUUCUUCUUCUUCUGUGUGGUAGGUAAGGGUGAGAUAGGAUAACUGGCCCAGUGAAUUUCAUGGCUGAGCCAUGGUCUAUCAAUUUCUAGUCUCACACUAACCACUACAUCAUACUGCCUCUCUCUGUGACAGCUUAAAGCAAAUGGAUUAGACUGCUAGUAUCCUUGGAUUUUCAAUUAAUUUUAUUAUUCUGAUAAGGCCAACUGCAGACUGGCCAUGUGCCUCCUGAAACUGUCUGACUUGCCCAUCUCCUCUUGAAUUUCUUCUAACAGCCAUCAGAUUGUGUAUACUAAUAGCUAUAGACACCAGGUUUUGUUCUGGCAGGCAGAGGCUAGGAUGCACAUGCUUACUGCCAGCUGCUCGGACCCCAGCUUAUUUUCUAGCAUACCUUUAGGAAUGGCUUGCCUCUGAUAAUUCACUGCAAGUGUGCGUGCAUAUUUCCACAUUUUGGGGAGCAGAAUUGAGGGCCUCUGUUUUGCAGAUACGCUUGAGCUUCUGUUCUAAGCAUACUUACUUGGAAGAACGUUCCAAGGAAAUCAGUUUAAGUGUGGAUCAGAGGAUAUGCAAUUAUAUAGUAGUUUAUGCUUAUUUCAAAUUAAUUACUAAAUGUGUAUCAUGCACCUUUAACUGUGAUAGGUCUCAAGGCACCAACUAAUAUAGGAAGGUUUUUUAAAAAACCUUCACAGCAGCAGCUCAACCUGUUGAUCAAAUGUGAGAAAACCUGAAGUUAUCAAAGACAUAUCUAAGUGAAUCUCUCUACUGAUAUAUGUUAGAGACCCCCUUGUCUUAUCCAUUACUGAGGCAUGAUGGUUUGAAACAAGACAAUGAGAGAUACUGACUUCUUAGUGGCUACUCCCAGAUUGUAAAAUGUAUGACCUUGUGAGAUCCGUUUGGCCUUCUCUCUUACUGUUCUCCCCCUCCCCCCCUUUUUUUUCUUACUGGAUUAUUUUUAUGUGAUGGAGCUUCAUUUAUACCAUUUUUGUCUACUGAGCCUUUUCCCAUUUCCCACAUGCUUAUUUACUUAUAUGAGAUGAUGAUGUUGUUGUUCUUGAUUGUUUUAAGUCACCCUGAGCAGUAGGAUUAUACUGGAAGGGCAACAAAUUAGUUUUCAAAUAAAUUAAAAGGGUAAUUGAAAAGCCUGGAAAAUAAGAAUGCUUUUCACCUGAUGCCUAACUGGCAGCAGUAUAGGCACCACAGGAGGGCAUUUCAAAGGUGAGUCACCAGUUAAAAGGAUUUCUUCCCAGUUAACCUUCCACCAAACUGCAGAAGGUAGGGACACACAGAGGAGAGCCUCAGGUGACUAUUUCCACUGAACAGGUGGACCGCUGUGGAAGGCUGCAGUGCAACUUACCCAUGGUAAGGUGGCACAAGCAAAAGAAUAGAGGGGGCAUUAGAAUAAGAAUAAAGUAGCCCCAGUGUUGCAACCAGUAAUCGGCUCUGACUAUAGAAAAACAACAAAAGACUAUUGGACUUUUGAUAAGGGCACUUCAGCAUCUCAUUGGACAAUGUGCAAUCCCAGCUUUCAUUACAUUUUCCUGUAUUUAAAAGAUUGAGAUGACACAAAUUUUCAGGAAAAAUCAACUGAAAGACUUGCCGAAGUAUGUGGAAUUUCAACAACCUGUUGGUUUUCAACCUUGGUUGUUUAACUUCCAUCUAGGUUCAGAAAAUAAUUUUUAAUUUCAAGAAGAUGAUGAUUUGGAAGGUUUUUAUUUUGGCUUUUAAAUGUGAUUAUGUUAGAAGAAGCUACCUUGUUCAAAGUGACACAACUUGUCUCUAGGACAUAUAGAGAUCCGCUACUUCAUGAAUCCAAGUUUGAUUAUGAAAAAGCGAGUCAAAAGUAAAUAGAAUGCCAGAUACAUGCUAAGUAUUAAAUGUGUGCAAACAGUAAUGAAAACUGGCUUUUGUUUGACAUUCUUUCUAAUCCUUUUUUUAACCUUUGGAAUUAAGAACAUAAGCUGUUCAAUAAUAUUUUCCUUUAUAUAUGUCCCAAUAAAUUUUGAAAUCUCUCACAGUAAAGGUGACACCAAUUGGUGAAACAGUCAUGGGAUUAGAAAUUGGUAUUUCAUCACUUUCUAAAUUUUCCAGGUAUUGUCUGGAGUGAAAACACACUGAUGGAAUAUUUGGAGGAUCCUAAGAAAUACAUUCCAGGGACGAAAAUGAUUUUUGCUGGCAUUAAAAAGAGUAAUGAAAGGGCAGAUCUCAUUGCAUACUUGAAAAAAGCAACCUCUUCAUGAAACAUUGCAACCUCUGUGAUGUCCAGAUAAUUCCCAGUUUGCACCACUCUUGUGUUACAUCUGAUGUUUAUUGUCCUAGCAUUUGCUCUUUAAGACAUUACCUUCAAAAGGGCAAAUAAAAGUUGGUAUUUUCAGGUGCUCAGUCUCCUAACAAAACAAGUGUUAAUUGUCUUUUGUUUUCAUAU